AUGCCCAUUGCCACGGGCACGGAACUAUCGAGGCUUGCUUAUGGUGUCGAGGCCUUGUCCGGUUUGGACAUCCGAGGCCUUGUUGGAGCUAUGGGAUCGACAUGGUGUACUUUAGGUUCGGGCGCGACAUCCGUGGUUUACUUGGGGUGGUUUAGUUCGGGUUGGGGAUAG